CAAAAAAAUGUCAGAGGAUCUGCCAUAUGAAGUGAGAAGGGCUCAAGAAAUAAAUCAUUUAUUUGGUCCAAAAGACAGUGAAGAUUCCUAUGACAUCAUUUUUGACCUUCACAAUACUACUUCUAACAUGGGAUGCACUCUUAUUCUUGAAGAUUCCAGGAAUGACUUUUUAAUUCAGAUGUUUCAUUACAUUAAGACUUCUUUGGCUCCGUUACCCUGCUAUAUUUAUCUUAUUGAGCAUCCUUCCCUUAAAUAUGCAACCACUCGUUCUAUAGCCAAGUAUCCUGUUGGUAAGUCAUAUUUCACAUUGUCACAACUAAACAAAUUUGACAUUCAAUCUGCAACUGUAUGUCUUCACUUUUUGGUUAUUGUUCUUCCCUUAAAGUAUGAACUUCCUUUUUUCAGUUGCCAUUUUAUACAUUUUGUUUUUGCCUUAGGGAAAGAAUUUCCCCCUUGUGCUAUUGAAGUCUAUAAAAUAAUGGAGAAAGUUGAUUAUCCCAGGAAUGAAAAUGGAGAAAUUGCUGCUAUUAUCCACCCUAAUCUGCAGGAUCAAGACUGGAAACCACUGCGCCCUGAGGAUCCUGUGUUUUUAACUCUUGAUGGAGAGACAAUUCCAUUAGGUGGAGACUGUACUGUGUACCCGACGUUUGUAAAUGAGGCCGCGUAUUAUGAAAAGAAAGAAGCUUUUGCCAAGACAACUAUACUAACACUCAAGGCAAAAAGUAUUCGCUCCUCUUUACAUUAGACAUCACUUCUGGUUCACUUGUUAGGCGAUAUCUUGAAAAGCUCCACUAGUCUGUAAGCCCCCAAAGGGCAGGGUUGCGCUGGAUUUAAUGUGCCUUAUUCAUAUCCCCAGCACCUGCUUCAGGGCCUUGUACACAGUGGGCAUUUGGGCAAAUUCUUGAAUGAAUUAAUUAAUUAAUGGAUAUCUUUUAAAGGUAGCAUAUUGUGUACAUAGCUUAUUCAAAGAGGUGUAUUUCUUAUUUCUGUAAAGCUUUUUAUACAUUAUACUUUGAUUGUUUAACAUUCUUAAUAAAGUUUUUAAAUUCAAAUUUUUAAGUUGAAAUAGAUACUAUAUACAAAAACUUAUUAACUUGAGCAUAAAAUUAAAUAUAUUUUCAAGCAAUGUAUAAUGCUACUAGAAACCAAUGUUGCAGACUUACAGUUUUUAAAUUUUCCAUAUUUGGACAUAUUUUGAUCCCAUACAAAAAUCCAGCCUAUGAACUUUAAUUGUAAUAUCAAUAAGAGAUUUUUAAAUGCUCUUUUGAAGAUUAAAUGUGAAUGAGAAAUGAGGGCUGAUUGUAAAGGUGACAUUAUGAAUAAAUAAAAAUCUCUGAA